AUGAUUGAAUUCAGCCCUGACGUAGGCAUCUUGCAAAAGGGCCACACGGGCCAUCAGACCAUGGCCACAGCGCAGUCUCCCAGCAAAGCAGGGGCCUCUGAUGGAGCUUCCAUGCAGCGGCCCAUUCUGCAGCUGGGUCCCCCGGAAGCUGCGUGGCAGGAGGCUCUGCAUUGCGCAGCGAUUAUCACUCCGCUGCAGCGCAGCUCAGCACUCGUAGCGGGGCGUGUAGGCGUGUAUCAGCAGGCGCUCGUGCGCAAGCUUCGGAGUUUGGAAGCCGGUGCAGGCGCAACAGGAAAAAGUGGCUAUGGCUGUGAUUGGCUGUGA